UAAACUUAUCCUAAAAUAGAGGCGUAGUCUAAUCAUGUUGAGAAUUGAUCAAAGAAAGUUUUUCUCAAUGCUUGUAUCAUCAAUUCUAAGUUAUCUUGAAAGGAGCGGAUUUUAGAGAAGGAUUUGCAAAAGGACCUUCGACUAAUCCUUUUGCUAUUAGCUUAUAAGCUGCUUCGGUCAUGUGGUUUUCAUCCCAAUUUAUUAGUUUAGAAGGUUCAGCGCAAACGGUUGUACCGGUUCACUACAAAAUUUCUCAUCAACAUGAAAGAAAAGGAGAAACUUCACAUGAAAAUUCAUGACCUGGAGAGAGAACUUGAUGCAAAACAUGGAUUGGAAUUGGAAAUUGAACAGCUGAGAGGAGCUCUCCAAGUAAUGAACCACACUGGAGAGACUGAUCUGGAAGAGAAGGAAAAACUGGAGGCAAUCAAAAUGCAUCUGCAAGAAAAGGAAGAGGAAUUGGAAAUCGUGGAAGAUCUUAAACAAAUGCUGGUUAUUUGGGUGCGCAAAAUUAAUGACGAGUUGCAAGAUGCCCGCAAAAAGUUAAUAAGUUGGAUUUGCUGCUGCCCAGAGGCUCGAGCCACAAUUUCAGUGAAAAGGAUAGGCGAACUUCCUGUUAAGCCGUUUUUGGAAGCAGCUAAGAGAAAGUUUUCUGAUGAUGUGCAUGUGAAAGCAAUGGAGUGGUGCUCACAGUGGAAUGAACAUAUUAGGGAUCGCAACUUGCUUCCUUUCAAAAUUGUAAUCGGCAAAGAAGGGAACUCCAACUUCACGUUAAAGUUAACAUUUCUCUCAAUUUAGAGGCUGAUUCUACUACUCGAACGUGUGACCGUAACUGCAACUGUUGUACUAAGACACUUCUUUUGAAAUAUGUAUCCACUAUAAAUAUUAUGCAUCGUUUCUUAAUGAUCACAGCGUGUUUCUUCCUAUGAUGUGAACUGCAUGGACCAUGAUCUAAUAUAUGUUAGUUAUAUCUCGUAGGAAAUUUUAGACGAAGAAGAUGAAAAGAUGAGAAGUUUGAAGGAUGAGUUUGGAGAUGAGGUGCAUGAUGCAGUAGCUACAGCUCUAAAGGAGACAAAUGAGUACAAUCCUAGUGGUAGGUACUCAAUACCGGAACUCGGGAAUCAUAAAGAAGGAAGGAAGGCUUCAUUGAAGGAGGGUGUUUCCGAUUUAAUAAAGCAAUGGAAGCGAUCAAGAUCAAAUCAGCGAAGGAGAAUUUGAGGCUUUAUUUUGGCGGUAAGAACUUCGAAUGUUGGUGGUGAUACUUCGUAUAAUUUUAUAUAUAAUGCUAAUAUCAUAUAUACUUUUUUAGCAGAUAAUGUGAGUAUGAAUUUUAGCUACUACUAGUUUUUUUAACAAUGUUUUCAAUUGUCUAAAGUACUUGAGAGAUUUAAUUUUCUAAAUUCUUUUACUAUAAUUAUCUUAAAUAUUAUUUGCAUGAUUUUAGACUUGAAAGAUUUAUGAGUACCUAGAGUCUCUUGUCCUUGUCCACCCACAUUGGUUGUUGAUCUUUUUCAUUAGGAUGUUUAAUAAGAAUCUGAUAUAUCAUCUCUCGAUCAAUAGGAAGGAAUGUUCUAUCAGUUUCAACAAAUUUUUUAUAUUUUUUGGUUUACAGUUUCAACAAAUUUUUUCUGCAUUUUCGGUGGGCGUCCAUACAGAGCAAAAAAACUCUGGCUUUAAAUGGGCCUCCCGCAAGUGGGCUGUGGGAUUGGUCUCCUUGGAUUAGUCGGUCAUAGGGCCGGAUACGAAGUUUUAAAAAAAAAAACAAUUUUUGUCUGCAUCAAUAGGAAGGAUGUUUAAUUAUUUUCUAUUUAAGUUAAAUCACCUAAUCAGUCAAAGCAAAACUAUCAAAUUCAAUGAAUAAACUUUAAAACUAUUUUCUAUUUAAGUUAAAUCACUUAAUCAGUCAAAGCAAAGAUAUCAAAUUCAAUGAAUAAAAUUUAAAAUUAUUUUCUAUUUAAGUUAAAUCACUUAAUCAGUCAAAGCAAAAGAUAAAAUUUGAAAUUUCAGUUUCUAGAACAUUCUUUUAGGGUUUUCUUUUCAUCUUCUUAUUCAUUCACACCGUUUUCUCCUCUGCUUUUCACCAUCAACAUUGCUCACAAAUCGAAUUCUUCAAGCACAAGCUAUUUCACUUCAUUUUCACCUCUGCUUUUCACCAUCAACAUUGCUCACAAAUCGCAUUCUUCAAGCACAAGAUGGAUCGAAAAUCAGAACAUAUUUAUGAGUCUGAUUUUGACUACUACCAAGAUAGAUAUUACAGUGACUUGAAAGAUGGUUACUGUAGGUUGAAAAUCUCAGGUUCAACAUAUAGGUGUCCAUUCUGUGACAACAAGGAUUAUUACUCUUUGAGUGAGCUUCAGAGACAUGCUUCCAGAAUUAUGGAUGACUCGCGCGAGACGGUUAAGGAAAGUGCCAAACAUUCUGCACUUAAAAUGUACAUUGGUAAAGAAGAGCCACCUACUGUUAAAACCAGUAGAGAAAAGUUACCUGCUUUGAGUAUUGCUGAGAACCAGUCACCGAAUGAGAUUGUUGCUGGUGAUGAAUUGUUUGUCUGGCCAUGGAUGGUAAUUCUGGCAAACAAUGUUACCACAUUUGACCCGAAGAGCGGAAAAUAUGUUGGAAAGAAUCGUGAGAAAAUUAAGGAGGAGCUGAUCAUGAAAGGGUUUCAGCCGCUGAAAGUUACUGUGUUGUGGAACUUUUAUGGACAAACACCCUUUGCUAUUGUUGAAUUUGGCAAAGAGUGGGAUGCUUUCCACAAUGCUGUGAUGUUAGAAAGGAGCUUUCAAGCAGAGCAUUGUGGUAAGAAGGAUUAUUUGAAUUUAGACAAGCAGGAUCGAGGAGAUAGACUCUAUGGGUGGAUGGCACGUCAUGACGACUAUAAUAAUUAUCGGGAUACAUUUGGCAAACACCUCCGGGCAAAUGGGGAUUUGAAAACUGUUUCUGGAAAAGAAGCUGAGGAUAAUAGGAAAGCAAAAAAGCUUGUCAUUGGUUUGGCCAACACUUUGCUGAUGAAAAACAAGGAAUAUGAACAGACAGCAAGCAAAUUUCAUGAGGCUAGUGAGACCCUAACAAAAGUAAUGGUUCAAAAAGAGGAGAUGCUUGAACUUUUUAAUAAGGAAAUAAGCAAGAUGCGGCAGGAUGAACGUGAUUAUCUGGAGAAUGUGUCUAAGGAUCAUGAAAAAGCUAGGUUGGAACUGGAAGCUCGGAGGAAUGUACUUAUGUCCCGUGAAAAGGAUCUGCAGAAGCGUCAAGCAGACAAUCAUAAUGAGAGAGAAAAGCUAUAUCUUGAAAAGAAAAGAAAUGAGAUGGCAAUAGCAGAGCAAAAAAAGGCUGAUGAACAAAUGAUGCAUUUGGCUGAAGAACACAAGAAAGCAAAAGAGAAACUUCACAAGAAAAUUCAUGAGCUGGAGAGGGGACUUGAUGCAAAACAUGGAUUGGAAUUGGAAAUUGAACAGCUGAGAGGAGCUCUCCAAGUAAUGAAUCACAUUGGAGAUACUGAUCUGGAAGAGAAGAAAAAACUGGAGGCAAUCAAAAUGGAUCUGAAAGAAAAGGAAGAGGAAUUGAAAGACGUGGAAGAUCUUCAACAAACACUGGUUGUUCAGGAGCGCAAAACUAAUGACGAAUUGCAAGAUGCCCGCAAAACUUUAACAAGUUGGAUUGGCUGCCCAAAUGCUCGAGCCAUAAUUUCAGUGAAAAUGAUGGGCAAACUUGAUAUUAAGCCAUUUGAGGAAGCAGCUGAGAGAAAGUUAUCUGACGAUGUGAAUAUGAAAGCAGCAACUAAGACAAAACUUUCCUCUGAAGUGAAAUUGAAAGCAAUUGAGUGGUGCUCACAGUGGGAGGAAUAUCUUAAGGAUCCAAGUUGGCAUCCGUUCAAAAUUGUAAUUGACAAAGAAGGGAACUCCAAGGAAAUUUUAGAUGAAGAAGAUGAAAAACUGAAAAGUUUGAAAGAAGAGCUUGGAGAUGAGGUCCAUGAUGCAGUAGCUACAGCUCUGAAGGAGAUGAAUGAGUACAAUCCUAGUGGUAGGUACACAGUACCAGAACUCUGGAAUUUUAGGGAAGGAAGGAAGGCUUCGUUGAAGGAGGGUGUUUGUCAUUUAAUGAAGCAAUGGAAGCUAUUGAAACCAACUACUAAACGAAAGAGAACUUGAGGCUUCAUUUAAUGAAGCAAUGGAAGCUAUGUUAAGACUUUUCAUACAAGUUGAACUUUUAAAAUUGUUGAUUACUGGUAUGAUAUCAUUGCUAGAACUAUUUUUGAGCAAUUAGCCAGAACUAUUAUAUUUACGUGUUAUGGUUUGUGCCUAGAGAAGACUUUCUCUAUAUAUUGAUGUUCUAUAGUUUAUGGGCUCGUUUGGCCCAGCUUUUUUUAGAGUUUAUGCAAUUUUUAUA